AUGGCAACGCCGCCGCCGCUGCCACCAGCUUUCGUAUACCAAAUCAACACGAGGGAUGAGUGGGCGGAGCUUCAGGGCACCGGCGAGACGCUCGGCGGCGACCUCGACUGCUCCACUGGCUGCUUCCACCUCAGCGGCCUCGGUCAGGUGAAGAUGACGCUAAAGAAUUAUUUCCGCAGGCAAAAUGAUCUAUACCUGCUACAAGUUAACACUGCCAAGAUUGCAGAUGGCUUGAUUUAUGAGGCAGCUGAUGGUUGUAACUACUUUCCUCAUUUCUAUGGCCCUGAUCGGAGCUUUGCACCUCUUCAACUAAGUGUUGUUGUCAAGGCAGACAAAAUAGAGCUGGCGAACAAUGAUUUUACUUGGAGUCUACUUGAUGGAGCAGCCAUCUAAUUCUGAUGUGUAACUCUAAGGUCUCACACUUGGCCUUGUGUCCAUGUUCCCUGCCAACUUUAUCAAAGGCAGGCUGUCCACAUGCUUAUGCUAGUAAUAGAAAGUAGACAAAUUUAACACAACCUGAGGGACAUGAAAUGUUAGUUAUGUAAGAAAAUGGUGAAA